AUGGCCGACGGAUCCACCUUCGACCGGGCCAGAGUUGAGGAUUCCGCCCCAGCCCAGCCCUCCUGUGUCAAAUCCGAGGAAUCUGAAACCAAACAGGAAGUGGAGCCGGACUGGCUUGUGAAGUCCAGGAUAGUGAAACCUCAGCAAGGGCAGCAGCAGGCGGCUGUUACCAGGUUGGAUCACGACGUCAGCUCGAAUCACGGCGUCAGCACAGAAAAGAGCGUUCGUACUGGCGAGGUUCAUGCUGCCCCUCCACCAGUUGCUGAUACUGCGACCCAUGAAACGUCAUCUAAGGAUGAUCCAUUUGCGUCUUUCUUAUCGUCAGUCGGUGGUAUGGACGUCCUGAAGAAGGCCAAACCGGGAGAAAUUCCGGUACCGACAUCUACCGGCUUGCUUCUGCCAAAAGCUGAAAAGUCUGCGGCUGAAAGGAGCUUGGAGUCCGGAUUGUUCGAGUUGGAUGAAUGUCAAGUUGAAUGGAGUACGGGUGAAAAUGAAGUUGAACGUAUAUUGAUUCUCGCCCAGAGUGGCGGAGCACCUGUUGCUGACGGCGACGAGGGAUUGGUGUACUAUAGAAUGUUGAAACUUCCCACGUUGGCCUCAGAGGAGCUUAUAAAGCGCCACUAUAAGAAACUGUCGAUCCUGAUUCAUCCGGAUAAGUGUGCGCACGCGCGUGCGAACGAGGCAUUUCAUGCGUUAAAUUCGGCUCAUCGGGAACUGCUGAAACCAGAAUACCGACUGAAGUACAGGGCGACAAUAGAUGAAGCCCGUGAGAUGUACAAGGAAGACUUGCGAAAGGAGAAUCGCGCCCGAAAGAAACGGGGUGAGGAAGAAAUUCCGUUUGAUGAUGCAGAUCCCGCUGUUGCCAAGCGCAUCGUUGAGUUGUCCGAGCAGAUUCUGGUCGAACGGAAACAGCGGUUGGAGUACAGUGAACAGUGUAAACAGAAUAAUAUCCUAUACGAAAAAAUGCAGCACGAUCAAAAGCUAGCCGAUGAAUAUCAACGUAAACUCGAGCUUAAUAAGUGGAAGGAAAAUCAGGAAGAAAGGGUAUGCGGGUGGAGACAAUUCAGGGAAUCCGGCGCCAUGAAACGCUUUCGCCUAAAUGAAAGCAUUCUUGAACAAGACAAAAGGCGACGACCCGGUUGA